GGGUUCUCCCGGGCGCUCGGCACCGUCGGCUCCCAGUGUAUUGCGCGGCAGUCUGGACCGCGGGCGGCCCGCAGCCUCCAGCCGACGCGACGCAUCAUCGACGCGGUGCUUGCGUGCCUUCGAGAACGCACACGAGAACGCGCUCGCGUUUCUACACGAGAACGCGCGACCUUCUGCGUGUUUUGGAACGCACACACAGCAUCUGCGUCGCCAGCAGCGCGCGCGCGGCACAUGGUCCCUCUCGUGUCCCGACCCCAGCAUCCCCGCCGAUAUCCCGAUAUACGGAGAGAUCCGUCUCUCUCCGCUCGAGUUGGCCCGAUCAGUAGAUCACGAGCGCGCGAGGAAUGAGGGAUUGUCAUGAUGGGCCUCGAAAUUAGCUGACUGAUUAGCGACCGUUCGCUGAAAUCGAACAUGACGUCCGCAAGCAGCAGCAGCAACGGUACCAGGGAAGACUCGACGUCGCGAUUGGCACGCAUUGCGACACCGUCGACGAAAUUGUAGCAUAGUGCGCUUAAUAAGGUCUAUCACCGAUCGGAGUCAUCGAUCGAUCGAGCGGGCAAAGACAGCUAGAGGUCGGAUCGCGUGAAAUUGCGCUCUUCCAAAGUGGGUCGAACCCCGCGAACGCGUUUACCCUCGCACCGCGGGAAGGAGAAGCCGUACCAUUUGCCUCGGUGGUGGAUGAGACCCGCGGGAUAUUUGCAGUGAAUCGAGCGUAGGGGUAUGCGCGCGCGCGCGCGCGUGUAUCACACGCGUGCACCCGUACACGCGUGUCAACGAUGCGUAGCGCGGACCAAUCUACUACGCUCUCUCGAUAGCUAAAAGCAAGUAGUACACGGUGUUUGUGCACGGCGGGAAGGGGGACUCGAGACUGCGGAAAACUGAGAGGGUGCCUAGGAAGAAGGGGGUGACGCGAAAGAGAGAGAGAGAGAAAUUACUCGUGAGAGAAGUGGAAGGGAAAAGAGAAAGAGAAGAGGUACGUGAAGAGAGAGAGAGAGAGAGAGAGAGAGAGAGAGCGAAAAAGACAGACGGACAUAGAGGAGCUGGAGAGAGUAAUGAUCGUGACGACGGUUGUGCGGACAAAUGAACACCUCGGCACAGCGUUUGGGAUAUUCCAAUUGUGAGCACCUACCAUUAUUUCGGGAACGAAAUUAGUUCUCGUCCCCGUAGUGGAAAUCUCCGCCUGAGGGAUGUCGUCCAAGAAAAUUGGAGGCCACUCGAGAAUUCUCGAGAAGCCUCCACCACAACAAGUCUUUUCAACCGAAUCAAAAAUAGAUGGAUCGAUACGUCUCGCCUGUCCGGCAUAUCAAGUACGUUGGCGAAAGUUGGCAGGAGGAAACUUUCAAGGCAAAAUUUUUCGAGAUGUGAGGAAUGAUCACGUGGGUGAUGGUCGGGCUGCUUCUGGCUGCGGAAACUUGCGGCAGAAACGUCCUCUCCGGAAACGGAAACGGAAACGAAAAGGAGGAAGCGAAGCGGCGGGAGGACCUGAAGGGCGUCAGCGCGGACGAGGAAGACAUCUACCGUCUAACGUGCUACACUUGUGUCAACGUCAGCGAUAACCAGAUGUGCAACGAAUGGGCGAUAGAUACGCCGUGUCCGGCAGGCGGCCGUGAUUUCUGUCAAUCGAUGCACAUUCUGGACAGCCGGGGAAAUAGCGUCUUGGUAAGCAAGGCUUGUGUCAGCAGCGAGGAAUGCGGGCCAGGAUUGGUCGGUUGCAUUCCCAUGGACACGCAGCAGAUCUGCAUAAGUUGCUGCGACCUGAGCUAUUGCAACAUCGAGUCGCCCACCAACGCCACAAACGCGAUCUACUCGCGGAAACGACGAGCCAAGUCGAAAUCCAAGCGCAAACGGCCCGGCAGGAACGGGGUCGGCGCGGCGAUGCGGUUGUAUGGGCCCAGCUUGCUCUGGCUUCCCGCCUCGAUCUUCUAUGCAUAUCAUUGCUGAGGAAACAGCAACAUUACUAAUUCGCGCACGCGAAGCGGACAGCGCGGAAAUCGCGCGCGAAAUCGCACACCGCGACGGAAUCGUCGCGCCGAAUGGCGUGUUACGUCGUCGUCUUUUGAUCGAAUGUUGUUCUCUGUGAUUCCUUCUGUAGCUUCACACUCGCCUAAAGAAUUACUGAUAAAAGAACUGACAUGUCUAAUUCCGACCAAACUCUCCGACAAAGGGCCAUUUUAUCGCGCUCCAAUUUUUCGCACUCGUCGAGCUGAUCUCGGCGACGAUUAUUGUCGUCCAAUUAUUUAGAAAGAAAAAGCCAUUCUCUAUUUUUCGUACUCUCGUUUGAUGGGUUCGUCCCGUUAUUACUUAAAGCCGUUAACUUUAAUGGAAAUCGCAAAUUUCGACGUAUUAUACGUCGGGUAUGUCGAUCGAACGUUUUGUGUUUCGAGCACACCAGGAAAACGAAAUAUUCGUUUCGGGUAUAAAGUGUCCGUAAGGAAUUGUUUGGGAGUAAUUCCAGGAGAGAUUCAGAGGAACGAGAUCCGGGUAUAGAGCGGUCGAAAAACUUGGCGCCGUUUCGCGCUGUCCGAGACGUUAUUAAUCGGGGACUCUUCGAACUAAUCGGGUCCCCCGUGAUGGCAAAAGGAAUUGUUUUCCCGUCGUAGUAUCGGUAGUAUCGCUAUGCCUCGAAGUAGGAGGAACUUAAGGCACAAAAAGUACGGCCGAAAAAGACUUGGAGAAAAUCGAUAGUUCCGAAUUCGUUUCCGGCGAGACUCGACGACAAUCUAUAUAGACGCACUACACAAUAAAAUCGACCUACCAAUCAUACUGAGGUGUGGUUUACCACGACGAUCUAUGUCUUGUGUAUAUUUCACACUCUUU